UAAUUCUCUCACCCUCCCUUCCCUAGCUCCCUCGUCCCUCCCUCUCUCAGAUUCACGGCUUCGCCUCCGUAACUUCCUCCGUCAAAACUACUCUUUCUCCCUCAAAUUCUCUCAGAAACCCUAAAUUCUCUCUUUUCCGCCGCUCCAGUCGGGUCCUCCGACCAACUCACUUCGCCUGUUCAUCGCUAUCAGAAGGCAAGCUAAAGUGAGGUGAAGAGGGUGCAGGAAAUAUGAGCAGGUACGGUUUGAACUUGAGGCCGCAGCAGAAGAAGCUGCCCCCAAGGCCUCCUCGCCCUAAUGUUUUAGGUUUUGGUGAUGAUGAUGACAAUGAUGUUGAGAAAGAAAUUUCUCGCCAGGCUUCAAAAAAUAAGUCUCUCAAGGAUAUUGAGGAGCAGAAGAGGAAAGCCCUUGAAGAGGACCCUUUGGCAUUCGAUUAUGAUGGAGUUUAUGAUGAAAUGAAGUCAAAAACAACCCAGCCUCAGACACAAGAUCUCGAAGAGAGAAAGCCAAAAUAUAUUCAAAAUCUUCUUAGGAAAGCAGAACUACGACAGAAGGAGCAGGAGAUAGUAUAUGAAAGAAAACUUUCAAAAGAGAGAAGUAAAGAGGACCACCUCUAUGCAGAUAAGGACAAAUUUGUCACAAGUGCUUACAAGAAGAAGCUUGCUGAGCAGGCAAAAUGGAUGGAGGAAGAACGACUGCGUCAACUUCGGGAAGAAAAAGAUGAUGUUACCAAGAAGACCGACUUGACCGAUUUUUACUUCAAUCUUGGAAAAAAUGUUGCUUUUGGCGCAAAUGAUGCUGUCGAGACAAGGAAACCAGAGAAACAGGUGGAGACAAGGAAACCAGAGAAGCAAGUGGAGUUAAGGAAUCCAGACAAACAUGAAGGAGUGGCUGCUGAAACAUUAGAUAAAACUCGGUCACCAGAAUCAUCUCCAGCGAAGAGGGAAGCCUCUCAUGAAAAGAGAAAUUCCAAGUCUCCUGAUGUGAAGCCAGUUUCAAACACAACAGUGCCGGAAAAUUCAGUUGAGCCACCAGCAGCAGAGCAACCAAAGUCUGGCCAUCAUAAAAGGGGUGAAGAUGCUGUGGCAGCAGCCAAAGAACGCUUCCUAGCGCGAAAGAGAGCAAAGGAGCAGCAACAGCUGUAAAACCUUUACUCUGAUGAACCUGAACUUGUUAAUUCUAGUGCAAAGUUACUAUGUAUUACCUUGGCCAUUCUGGGAUGUCAAUAUUUCAUUUAUGAAUUAUAGUGUAGUAUUAAAUGUUGAUCCCCUUGUGAUGUUUAGUCCUGGCGUGCCUUGUUUCCUUAUUCGGAGUAUUGAGGUUUGGUAUUAAUCCUAAAAUGAUUAAAGGAGGAUUUUAGAAA